ACAGGCAGCAGCUGGUAUCAACAAGGAAGUGAAUUCAGCCCGACGUAAGUUGUUAGCUUAGCCGCUCAAGUCAAAGUGGAGCAUAAUUUCAGCCGCUAUGCUAGGGUAGUGCUAACUAGCAGUCAACUGCCUGCACUAUCAGACAACUAGUAGCCCCGCACAGAAAGAUAAUCAGAGGGAGAAGAGGAACAAUAGAGGGGAGCCUGACUCAUAAACAAAGCAGCGAGAACACUCUGGAGAGAAGCACAAGCAGUGCACGGCUUCUUAGCUCCUCUCUGCAUCUCUUCAUGGUUUAUUCAUCUGCUCCAGCCUCAUUCUUUAUCUCCCCCAAGUGAGGAUGACCAAUCGGGAGCAGCCCUGGAGUGGCGCCAUGGAACAACAGGAAGAGGAGGACCUUCCUCAGAUGGACGGGUCAUGUGACGCUUGCGAGCCUGACGAGGCCCAGCCCGCCACCCAGGUGUGCCACACCUGCGCCUUUGCCUUCUGCCCCGCCCACGCCGUCAAACACGCGGUCAGCACACGCCACCUCCUGUCGCCAUACAGCCAGGAGGGGGCGCACACUCAGAGACCCGGACGGGACAGAGACCCUGGGGAAGGGGCGGGCCCAGAGGCAGGGGAAGAGGCAGGGGUGAGAUUGGGACUCCAGGAACAAAUGAAGGAAACCCUUUCAAGCAUCGAGGCCAGCGUAGAGGAGAUCGGGUCCGUUCAGGCGGCGAGGGCCGGCGAGGGGGACCCCGGGGAGGAGGCAGGGCACGCCGAGGCAGACGGGGGAGUGGGGGAGGCCGGCGGGGGGGCGGGCGAGGCCGCUCCGGAGCCUGGGAGGAGGGACACAGUGACGGUGGAGAGACUGCGCUGCAAGGAGCACGGGCAGGAGGGCUCUCUCUACUGCAAGCCCGACGAGAAGGUCAUCUGUGUGGUGUGCGCCGUGCAGGGGCAGCACAGCGAGCACGAGAUCAUCACCCUGCACGAGGCCUACGCGUGGCAGAAGAGCCGGGAGGGAUACGACCUGCUGGGCUGCACUCAGAAGAUGGCUGACAAGAUCAAGACUAAGUGGACCAACCCAGAGAUGUCGACGGAGCAGCUGGAGGCCUACGUGAACGGCCAGUUUGACGAGCUCCACAGGCUGGUGCGCCUGGAGGAGAAGAGGACCCUGCACCUGGUGGACCUGAAGGAGGCCUUCCUCACAGCCGCCGCCGCCGAGAAGAUCGCCGAGAUCUCCGUCCACACCGAGCGCCUGCAAGAGGAGAUGGCCUGCAUCACCCAGCAGCUGGGGCAGCUCGACCAGGCCGAGAAGCACCCUGGGGCCGGAGUUGGAGCGGCGGCCCUUGCCGGAGCCCCAGGCCCCGGGCACAGACCCAUGAACGACAUUGAGGCCAGGCCAAGUAUCCGGGCACAUGCGUGUCACGUCGAUGGCCCAGCCAAGCAAUUAGUGGCCCUCAUCUCAGUGGCCGCGGGAAUCGCACCAUCGCUGAGGUGACGCGCUGCCUGCUCCUAUCAGAGGGCAUGCAGGCACAGGCCCGGGGCGGAGUGACUCAUUGGACAGUGUGUGUGUGUGUGUGUGUGUGUGUGUGUUGUGCGAUUAUCAGGGUGAACUCCAGCCCUCAGGUAGAGCAUGGUGGUUUAGUUACUGCUGUACUUCAGGUAACAGUCCAAUCAGAAUGAGCAUUUCUGUCUGCCUGUCAGUCUACCUGUUUGUCUGUUU